GGCAACUUCGCGACAGCUCACUCUCCUUGACACGCCACCACCACCAGUCCCCCUGAGUCUUGUCUGUGCUUUCUUGAACGUGAAAGCUUAGAUACUGUGAGCCACCGAAGCGAGGGAAUAAACCCACGCACGACCGCAUCAUCUCCCCCUCGUUCCCAACCACUUCAAGCACUCAUGAACGCAGCUCAGCCAGUUCUUACUCCUCAGGAGAAAGUUCCCGUAGAGAUCUGGCUCGAGAUACUCGCGCUGGUGCCCGCGACGGCGGACCUCCAUAGUUUGAGCGUCGCCAGCCGCAAAUUCUACGACCUCACCGUCCGCGCAUUGCACCGCAACAUCGUAUGGCUCGAUCCGGCGCACGCAGCUCGCAGCCUCCCGGUAUGGGAUACCUAUCCGGGCAUGGACCUUGCGGUCCGCUCACUCGAGCUCGGGGUAUCCGCCGUGCUGCCCGGCAUGUCCUCUACUCUGAUCGGACUCGACGGACAGCCCGAGGCCGAGCCGGUGCGCCGCCCACACCUGCUCGAGGAUGGCAUUCUCCUGCAGCAUACCGUCCGGUACCACGGCAUGUGUAGCCAGUCGACGGCCGGAUUUGCAUCCCCUGCGCUGCACGACGCCAUGUUCGCGCGCAUCGGCACGUUCAAGAACAUCUCCACGCUCGCAUUCACCGACAUGAUCAUCACCAACACGCACUUCGCGCUCAUCCACAGCCUCCCCCAGCUCCGCGCCCUGCGCCUCGACCUCUGCCUCUUCCGCGAGGGCCGCGGCGGCCCGCCCCUCACGUUCAACCACGCAGACCUGCCGCUCACCGAGCUCACGAUCACCAACCUGCGCCGCCAGAUCUCGGCGAUGGUGCUCGCGCAGGUGCACUUCGACGAGCACUCCGGGAACCUCACGACGGUGCUCGCGCUGUGCACCGCGCGCACGCUCCGCACGCUCACCGUCGACGCGAGCGCGGACGUGUUCCGGCUGAUCUACAACGCGUGGAACGCGGACGCGCGGGGGUGGGCGAUCCCCCCACAGCUCGCGCACGUCUUCGUCGUGCGCCGCCGCUCCGCGCGCGGGGAGGCGCAGCCGGUGUACCUCGGGGAGGAGGCGUUCCCGCACACGGACCUGUACCACUUUGCAGUUCGGGCGCUGAGUCUGCGCACGCUGUCGACGCCGAUCUUCGUGCCCCCGAACACGACCAUCGCCCCCGAGGCGCUGCCGUUGGGGCUGGAGCGGUUCGCGGCCCCGGUGGAGACGGCGUCGGCGGUCGCGGCGGCGCGGGAUGUGCAGGCGCUGGGCGUGCUGAAGUGUGCGCUGGACGGGAGGGAUGCGAUUCAGGCGCUCGAGAGCGUGGCGGCCUCCCGGCCGGGGCUGAAGAUGCUCAUGCUGGAGCUGCGGGGGUGGGAUGAGGAAGUGUUGUCUGCGGUCGUGAAGCUGUUCAAGGAGCUCCGGCGCCUCAAGAUCGUGUACGAGGGCACCGACGGUCCGAGCGAGGACUUCUUGGUCACACUCGGUCCCGAGUUCCUGUCCAGGAUGUCGCACCUGCACACGCUGCAGAUCUACGCGCAGCCGGAGCUGGUGGGCACCAAGGCGAACCACCCGGCGUACCUGUACGACUGCUCGUUCGAGUCGAUCGAGGAGGAGCUUGCGAACCUGGUGAUACCGUACAACAGGUACUGUCCGACCCUCCGGAAAGUGCAGUUCCUCACUGGGUACGUUGUCGCCCGCACGUGGGACGGGGCUGGGUGGGCGGUUGAGCGGCUGCGUCGGCUGGAGGUGAAGGACGACCUCAGCUUCUGAAGUUCAUAGCAUAUCCUUCGGGGUACUAAAAAGUAGCAACAGCUGUCUUGUUGUGCUAGUUUGUCGUAUACUUGUGCUCCUGUGUACGCGUUCAGUAGUACGUAUAGCAUCGCUUAUACUUGGCGCUUUCCUAUACGCGCUAGCCGCCUUCAAA